AUGCGCAGCCCCGGUUCCCGCCAGUGCCUCUCCCUCCACGCCUCCCCCCAAGCCGAGGGAGCGGGCUCCGGCCUCAGCCAGCCCAGAGGAGGGCUCUCUCGGUCCAGCGGCGGGCUGAAGGGCUCCUUAAGCGCGGCCAGAGUGGGCUCCGAGGCCAAGGAGGCACCGAGAGUCAGCGAGGGCUGCAAGGGCAGCCAGCAUGCUGUCGCCUCUCAAUAUCUUAUGAAAACUCCUUCAUUACCAGGAGAAUUGCAUGGGGAAAACUGCCCCCAUGAUACAGUCACCUCCCACCAGGAAGAGUGGUGGGAGAAGAGAGAGGCGGAGAAGACAAGCAAGAAGGGCGUGGAGUGCCGUUCCCGCCCCGGAGUCGGAGGCGCCGGGAGGCCGGACGCCGCGAGGCUGCUAGCCCAGGAAUGUGCGGUCCAACUCGCCGGCCGCGGGCGGAGCGCGGCGGGCGCGGUGUGGUCUGCGGCGGGUGCGGGGCAGAGGACGGCUGGCGCAGAGCAGGCUGCAGCGGCGGGCCGGACGCGACGCCGCGCACCUGAGCGCCGGGGGCGGGGCGUCAGCGGCCACGACCCUUCCCACCGCGCGCCGCGCCCCUCGCGCGCCGCCUCGGCCUUUUCCGCUCGUGCUUCGGCGCCGCUCGGCUCCCUUCCCGCCCCUGGCUCCCUCCCUCCCUCCCUCCCUCCUUCUUCUCCCUCCCUCCUGUCCUGGGAUUGCCUGGAGCUCCGCACCGCGAGUUUGCCGCGGCACUUUCCGCGCGGCGGAAGAGCGCGCGCCAGCUUCGGCACACCUGGGAGCCGGAUCCCAGCCCUACGCCUCGUCCCCUACAAGCUCCUCCGAGCCCCGCCGGCUGCUGUGGGAGCGGCGGCCGUCCCUCUCCUGGAGGUCGUCUCCUGGCAUCCUCGGGGCCGCAGGAAGGAAGAGGAGGCAGCGGCCGGAGCCCUGGUGGGCGGCCUGAGGUGAGAGCCCG